UCUAACUGCUGAGCAGCGCCCCCUGGUGUCCGGACGGCGCUCUACAGCCGCUCUACAUCCUGUUUCUGUGACUCAGAGAGGAGGAUGGCUAUCAGAGGUUAGCUGAGCCGCUCCGAGUAGAUGCUGCUGCACGACACCUGAGAUAAGUAGCUUUAACGGCUGAUACCAAGUGAUGGACGGGUUUACGGGGGACAUGCUGGGCGACAGCUCGGUGAUGGCCCGCAUGCAAAAGAAGUUCUGGAACACUAAGCAGGUCCUCAUCAAGGCCACGGGCAAGAAGGAGGACGAGUAUGUGGUGGCCUCCGAUGCUGACCUGGAUGCCAAGCUGGAGUUCUUUCGCUCGGUUCAGUCCACGUGUACCGAGCUGCUCAAAGUGAUCGAGAAGUACCAGCACAGGAUCACACGGUUGUCCCAAGAGGAGAACGAGUUCGGCCUGUUCCUGCGUUUCCAGGCUGAACGCGACCGCACAAAGGCGGGAAACAUGAUGGAUGCCACCAGCAAGGCUCUUUGUUCAUCUGCCAAGCAGAGGAUGGCUCUUUGCCCUCCGCUGCAGCGCAUGUACCAGGAGGUGGAGACGUUCCGACGGCGCGCCAUCGCCGACACGCUCCUAACGGUCUCUCGCAUGGAGAAGUCCCGCACAGAGUACAGAGGAGCACUGCUCUGGAUGAAGGACAUCUCUCAGGAACUGGACCCAGACACCUACAAGCAACUGGAAAAGUUCCGCAAGGUCCAGGCUCAGGUCAGAGGGACCAAGGGUCAGUUUGAGAAGCUGAAGAACGACGUGUGUCAGAAGGUGGACAUGCUGGGAGCCAGCCGCUGCAACAUGCUGUCUCAUUCCCUCUGUACUUACCAGACCACUCUGCUGCAAUACUGGGAGAAAACAGCCCAGGCCAUGUCAGGAAUCCACGAGACCUUCUUAGGACACAUCCCAUACCAGUUCACCACACUUAAGGAUCUGCGGGACCCCCUGGAGCUCAUCUCUGACUCACAAAAACACAACGAGAAAGAGAAGAGCAACACAGACAGUCUGGUGUCGUUGGAUGAUGGUGAACCAGCAGGAGGUUCCUCUGGUGCAGGCCUGACGCAGAGCAGUGGAGGUCCCACCCAGGCCAGUGACAUUGCCACCUCAGCGCUGUGUGACCUCAGAGGCCUGUCCACAGACUCGGAUGAUGACUUGAUGCUGAUGGCCGAAGACGUUCCUCCCCUAACAAACUUCCCUGUCCUGCCCCUGCUGCUGCCCCCUCCUCAGGCUGGAGACCAGUAUGAGCAGUGUAGCUCUGGCAGCUUCUCACACAUCUCUGAUGCUAGCAUGCUGUCGCAGGUUCGGCACCUCCCCUCAGAGGUGGGUCUGGAGGAGGACGGAGAACGCAGCGACAUGGCCUUCCUCCAAGACCUCUUGAGUCCUGGUCCAGGAGGCAGCGACGAGUUCAGCAAAGAGUGGCAGGAUGCCUUUGGCAUGUUUGAGCCUCCCAGCGUUCCUGCUACUAGUAGCAUUGGACCCGCAGCACGCCCCCCCUCUAACCCUCCCAGCCCCACAGGCUUCCUACCCUCUCAGCUGCUGGACCACAGUCUGAGCUCCACAGGCUGGGUGACUCCACCGAUGUUCCAAGCUCCGCCCCUGCAGCUCCCCGCCGGUCAGAACCAGGCAGCUACCCGGACUCCGGGUCCAGCUACCGCUGCCGCAUCAGGAGGAUCCAAAGACAUGUCGGCGUGGUUCAACCUGUUUGCUGACCUGGACCCGCUCUCCAACCCCGACGCCAUUGGACGCUCUGCAGAUGAGCUGCUGAACGCCUGAGCGUCUCCUCUUUUGUCACAGGGAUGAUGCUCCUGUUAAAGAUGCUGUAACAGACUAAACACUACUAACACACACAUACACACGUACAUCUGGGCUCGAAGAAUGCUUGCUUCUGUCACUGUUGUGUAUUUUUCUGUUUGGGCGUGUGUGCAUUUUGUCACAAGUGACAAUUUUUUAAACACGUUUAUCUGAAGCUGAGAGUGGAUCGGGUCCAGAAGCAUAAACAACAAAAUAAAACCUGAUUCAUCUCCGUUUCGCUAGCCGACGUGUGCAUUUUGCUCUAGAACUGGUCCUGGACUCUGCACCUAGCUGCAGGCAGACACUAAUAAAUCGUCUGUAAAACUUUUAAGUCUCUGAAACAGAAACUUUGUCCUCCCCGUUGUGUGUGUCUACUGAGAUCAUUAAAACCAAACACCCACCCUCUCAUUGUCAUUAACUGUAUAAACGCUGUUUAAAGCACAAAUCUGACAUUUUGGACGUGCAGUGAAUGCAGCAUUAGAAGCUGAGGAUGAGCUGCACUGCUGCUAAUGGGAUGUUUCAGAUGGUUUCAAAUGACUUGUGUGUAAAAUCUGAAAUGAAGCCAUUUGGGUAGAGUCCUGAACAGCCUCAGUUCGGAGAAACAGCUUUUACAUCUUUCGGGAAUGAUAAGCUAAGGGCUAGUGAAGGCUAGUGAGAAUGCAUACCUGGCAAAAGAGGAUUUUUUUUUUUUGUGGUUUAAAACGUCUCCAAAGAGUUGAUGCAACUUUUCCACAGUUUCACAUUUACUAAUAUAAAUGUCUUCAGUAGCACUUCUGAUAAUUCCGGGGAUGUUCAGCAGCAAAGUCUGCGCGUUUCUGCUGAAACUAAAAUCUCUGAUGUAUAUCUGACACAUUCAUAACAGUUUAUAAAAUAGCUUUACACAACCUAUUAUGAAUUGUUGGAGAGUUUAAUAGGUUUUAUUUGUAAACUCUAUACUAAAUCUUUAUGUCACUGUCAGUUCCAUGUUAGGUAGGUAUUCUGGCAGAAAAACCCAACUGUUACCCCAAAUGUUAGACCUUCCACUGAUCUUCACUAUAAUUAAAUAUAGAAAUCAGUCUAUCAUCUACAUUGAUAUUUUAUAGUUACGAGUUUUUUUAAAUGGCAGUAACUCGCUUUUCUUCAAUCGGACCAGAACAUAUCUUUGUUUCUCUAAGCUGAGGCUGUUCAAAGAUCUUUCUACAACAGACUUUUUAAAAGAAAUGGAUUGAUAGAAGAUCUGAAUUAUUCUAAAAACCCUUCAGAACCAGACCAGUGAACGGUGUGUGUGUAUGCGUGUGUUGAGAUUCUGGCCGACCCCUAAACACGGACAGUCCACCCCAAACCAGAGCCGGAUGUGUGAACAACUCAAUAUGAUCAGAUAAAAAUAAGUUUUGAUCCGCUGUCUUAACUCCAUCUUCAGAUGUCUGAGGCCAAGAAAAAAAAAUACAUGAGGAAAACAAAGAUACAAUUUUACUGUAACUUUUCUAGUAAAAGGUUCAAAGAGGAACUGAGUGGGUUAUUGAAGUGUGUAAAUAACAAUCUGAUGCACCUUUGCUCCUCUAACUGCUGUUAAAAUUGGUUUUGUUGUCUUUAGGGGGGGGGGGGGGGGGAUUAUGAUGCAACAUUGUCAGUUAUUUACUAUUUUAGUUGUGUGUGCUGCACAUAUUUAUCUGAACUCUGAAUGCAUUACAAAGAUUUUGUUUCUAAAGUGAGACGACACAAUAGAGCAACACUUUUCUACUAGCUGCACACGGUCGUCUCCACACACCUGCUACGUGUUUGUGUCCCACACUUCAAAAUAAAAGAAUGUAUUUCUCAA